UAAAGGCGAACCGAACGAAAAUGGCGGAUAGGUUUUCCCGCUUCAACGAGGACAGGGACUUCCAGGGUAAUCACUUUGAUCAGUAUGAAGAAGGCCACCUGGAGAUUGAGCAGGCGUCAUUAGACAAGCCUAUAGAAUCGCAGUUGGUCCAAAUUAGCUAAGCAGCCAUGACCUGUUGCCCAGCACACCAUCAGAAAGUAUGAUGAUCCUUCCUGAACUCUGUUCCUGUGGAAAAAUCUUACUAGCAGGAUAAUAUUGGACACCGCUUGCUACAGAAGCAUGGUUGGAAGCUGGGCCAAGGCUUGGGGAAAUCUCUUCAAGCAUAAUGAUCCGGGACUUGUUGUGGUGAUGGUAAACUUAGUGGUAGAACAGAUCCCAUCCCUAUCGUUGUCAAAUAUGAUGUCAUGGGCAUGGGACGGAUGGAAAUGGAGCUUGAUUAUGCUGAAGAUGCUACAGAAAGGAGGCGGGUCUUGGAAGUGGAGAAGGAAGAUACUGAAGAACUCAGGCAAAAAUACAAGGAUUACGUGGACAAAGAAAAGGCAAUUGCCAAGGCACUUGAAGACCUUCGAGCCAAUUUUUAUUGUGAGCUAUGUGAUAAGCAGUAUCAGAAACACCAGGAGUUUGACAACCACAUAAAUUCCUACGACCAUGCUCACAAACAGAGAUUAAAAGAUCUCAAGCAAAGAGAAUUUGCUCGCAAUGUUUCCUCAAGAUCCCGGAAAGAUGAGAGAAAGCAGGAGAAAGCCCUUCGCCGUCUGCAUGAGCUGGCUGAACAGAGGAAGCAACCUGAAUGUGCUCCAGGAAGUGGGCCGAUGUUUAGAACCACUACUGUGGCAGUAGAUGAAGAAGGAGGAGAGGAAGAUGUGGAUUCAACAUUUCCUGGUAGUUGCUCCUCCUCCUCACCAACUUCGGGGCAAGCUAGCAACAUGACCAUGGAUAAGGGUAUAACUUGCAGCAGUGGACAAAUCAGUAGCAGUCCUGGACUUGCUCAAGUUCCUGCCCAGAUAUCACAAGCUGUUGGUCUGGGAAUUAACAAGACAGGUGUGUCUUUCUCAUUUGCUAAAAAGGCUCCUGUAAAGCUAGAAUCAAUUGCUUCAGUAUUCAAAGACCAUGUGGAUGAAUCCAGUUCUCCUGACGAUGAAGUUAAAAGUGAUGAAAGAGCCCAUUCAGAUUCUGGAACUUUGGUAGGAAAAAUUGGAGAAAUGGAGGGAACAAAUAGCUCUGACAGCAAGGGAGAAGAAGAUGAGCAAUCACAGGAGAAAGAUGCUACAUUAUCAAAGCUAAAAAAAAUGAAACGGGAUGAUGGACCAGUGGCAGUAGAACCAGAAUAUUAUCACUAUAUUCCCCCUGCACAUUGUAAAGUGAAGCCCAACUUUCAGUUUUUGCUGUUUAUGAAGGCAACGGACCAAGUAGAAGCAGAAGCUGCAAGCAAAAAAAUAGCUCGUGAAAGGAAACAAAACAAUUCCCCCAAACUCAAAAUGGCAAAAAGUGAUGAGAAGGAGACAGCAGCGGAAUGUGUGAUCUCUCAGAAGGAGCAGAGUCCUGCUAACGAAAUCAAUAAAAUGGAAGAUAAGGACAUUUUGGGGGAAAGAGGCAAGCAAGAAGAAAAACAACUUAAAGGUAAUAAUUCUCUAGAUUCAGAUGUCAUUGAAGAGAUUCCCCAGGCUCCAGGAACUAGUAAAGAAACCACAGAAGGCCCUAAACAUUUAACAGGGCCGUUCUUCCCUGUUCUGAGUAAGGAUGAGAGCACCACCCUCCAGUGGCCUUCAGAACUGCUGAUCUUCACCAGAGCAGAACCCUCUGUGUCAUAUAGCUGCAAUCCCUUAUAUUUUGACUUUAAGCGGUCUCGUAACAAAGACACUAAAAUGAAGGGAACAGAAAAACAGAAAGGUUCAAUAAACCUUUCAAAGGAAAAAGUGCAGGCUGCUGAAGAUAGUGAUGCAAGCAAAAGCAAAGAGAAGGACAUUGUAUCUGGUGGUUCAACUGCAGUGCCGGAAAGCAAGACCGUGGUAAUAUGUGGCAAGCAGGAAGUCAGCCCUAUAAGAACUGGCAAAAGUGAAAAUCUGGAAGACAGCAGCAGAGGUAAUCUUACUAGUCGCAAAGACAAAAUGGGGAAGUCUCACAAACACAAAAAGAAGAAGAAGCACAAAAAAUCCAUCAAACGUAAACACAGGCGCAAAUGUGAGGCAGAGGAGAAAAGCAGAGAAGGGGACUUAGCAGAAGAUAAAUCCAAGAAGCAGAAGAAGCACAAGCACAAAAAGAACAAAUCAUCUUUUCCCACUGAGGCUGAACGGAUGCAAAAGACUGAGGAUACUGGCUAUUCUAAAAAAAGAAAGUGGUGUGUACAAGACUCUCAGAGGAAGUCUCUUUCUAUUGAAGAAAGCAGUAAGAAAGAAGAUGGUGGUACUUCUUCCCAAGAUCAUGGCAACAAAAAAACCAAGGGGGACUUGCAGCAGUCUUUGUCUGCAAGCAAAAAGCGAGCUUCCACCUCCACUUCAGUUUACCCCAGUCAUCGAGGCCAACAGAGCAGUGGUGGCUAUGAGAGUGAUGGCGAUUCCUCCUGCCACAAGCACUUCAGGCAGAAAUCAGCAUCACAAUAUAGUGAUGAUUAUGACUCUGGCAGUGACUGUUCACGAAGCCGCUCCCGGUCAGGACAUAGACACUCCUCAAGAAGAUCAUCUCAGAGAUCCUAUUCAUCAACUUCCUAUGCUUCCACUGACAAUAGUCGGUACAGUCGGCACCACAGCUACUCAGAAGAUAGCUAUAGCGAUUAUACUGACCGAUCACAAAGUCAUACUAAGCACUCCCAUGACUCAGAGGAUGAUUCAGAUUAUACCACUUCCAAGCGCAGUUCAAAGAGGCGCAAGUACUCCUCUUCAGAAGAUGACUACAGCCUAAGCAGAAGCAGGUCUCGGAGCAGGAGCAGAAGUCGAACUCACACCAGAGGGAGGUCAAGGACUAGAAGUCGAGGAAGGACACGCAGCAGUAGCUGUAGCCACACUCGAAGUAAGCGGCGGAGCAGAAGCCGAACAGGGCAUAGUUGGAAACGGAGUAGAAGUUACAGCCGAGAACGUAGUCGGAGCACAAGAAGCCUUUCACAAAGAUCUCUCUCACGGAAAGGGUCCCGUGGUCAUGAAAGCCCUGGGGAAAGAAGAUCUGGCCGACGUGAUUUCAUCCGGUCGAAGAUAUAUCGUUCACAGUCUCCUCAUUAUUUCAAAGUCAGACAAGGUGAAGGGUUUGCAAGAAAGGACGAAGCCAGAGGAGAAGAAGCUGCAGGAGCUUCCAGUCUCCCUCAAAAGAUUAGCAGCUCUAACUUUGGGAACAGCUGUAACUCUGAGGAGAAAAAUUCUGCCACAGCUAAACUCCUUCUGGAAAAAAUCCAGUGUAGAAAAGUAGAGAAGAAAUCUAGCAGCAAUGAUGAUUCCAUUUCAGGAUCUCACAAGGUAGGAAUUAAACUGAAAGAUCCACCCCAGGGCUACUUUGGCCCAAAGCUUCCUCCCUCAUUAGGCAAUAAGCCUGUUCUUCCAUUAAUUGGAAAACUUCCUGCAGUUAGGAAACCAAGCACCAAGCAGUGUGAGGAAUCUGGUUUAGAAAGAGGAGAAGAAUUGGAACUAUCAGAGCUGGAUGAAACAACUCAUGAGAGUGGAGACAUUGUUUCAGCAAGUCAACCUCAAGUGGAGGAAACCUUGGUGACUGAAAUACAGGACAAUGUUUCAGCUGAUCAGAACCCAGAAGUAGCCACAAAGGUAGUUCCUGUUCCUCUUGAGGCCCCAGUACUCCCAGAGCAGUAUGGAUCUGGUGAACUGGUUGUGCCGCACAACUUCCUCCCUGAUCCCGAUGAAAAUGAAGCUUUAGAGCCUCUUGACAGUGGAAACCAAUCUGUCUCUAUAGAAGGAAGGAUGGUACCUUUAGUUCCAGAUGUCGAGCAUUUCCCUAGCUAUGUAGCACAAAGUGGGGAGCCCAGCAUCAGUGGGGAGCCUGAAGGCACUGAAGACUCUUCCUUGGCACCUCUGGAGAGCCAGCCCAUCACUUUCACGCCAGAAGAGAUGGAGAAAUAUAGCAAGCUUCAGCAAGCAGCUCAGCAGCAUAUUCAGCAACAGUUUCUUGCCAAGCAGGUCAAGACCUUUCCAGCCUCAGCUGCCCUAGCUCCUGCCACAGCCCCUGCCUUGCAGCCCAUUCAUAUCCAACAACCUGCAGCAGCUGCAGCCACAUCCAUUACAACUGUGCAGCAUGCCAUCCUGCAGCAUCAUGCAGCAGCAGCAGCCGCCGCCAUAGGAAUCCACCCUCACCCACAUCCCCAGCCUCUUGCUCAAGUCCAUCACAUUCCCCAGCCCCAUUUGACGCCUAUCUCAUUAUCCCACUUAACGCAUUCAAUCAUCCCAGGGCACCCUGCUACUUUCCUGGCCAGCCACCCUAUCCAUAUCAUACCUGCUUCUGCCAUCCACCCAGGUCCUUUCACUUUUCAUCCUGUCCCCCAUGCUGCCCUCUACCCAACUCUCUUAGCUCCCCGACCAGCAACCGCUGCUGCCACAGCAUUACAUCUCCAUCCCCUUCUGCAUCCCAUUUUCUCAGGGCAGGAUUUGCAGCAUCCUCCUAGUCACGGCACAUGAAGAAGUGAGAAAGAUGUGGCCUCUCUUGGGGAGAACAUAGGGGCAUAUAUCUCUGUGUGCAUUGGUGUUUUGUACAGACUGUCUGAAGGCCAUGACUGACACCAUCUGAGAAUAGUGAAAUGGGAGAACUGGGUGUGGAAAGGGGAAGUGAAUGUAACAUAUCCAUGGAAAGGGGGGAAAUGUUGUUGGAGUUCUGCUUGUCAGUAUUUUCAGGGUCCCCUGCACCCAGAGAGGUGACUUACUCACAUCUAUAUGAAUGUGAAGUUCUUCAGCAGAUAUGCCCCUUUUAAUUGCUGAUGCUUGUGUUUUUAAAUCAUUUCCUCCCCACCCUGAAAUUCUGAGUGAAUAAUAUCUAAAUUAUUUGCCUUCUUUAUUUGCUAUUUAUUUGAGUUCACUUUAAAGCUUAAAACUUUAAACAAAAGAGUCAAGAGAUAGCCGACAUUCAACCCAGUCCUCUGUUCCUCUCUCUAUCCAGCCAAGAACCAUUUUCAACAACCUGCUGAUUCCUACAAACAGCAAGCUUUCUUCUCAAGCAAGCUUGGCCCUGCUAUCCUCCCUUUGCCACUGCCCCAAGGGGAAAUAGAAACAGAAAAUAAUUCCUUUAUCAGUCUUUGAAGCAAUAUGUUGUACUGGAAUCCUGGGAACAUCCAGAAUAUGACUUGUAUUCUGUCCUCUGUAAUAUUUGAUGGUUCCUUAUUAACUUAUAAUUUUUUUUUUUCAGAAAAGAAAAGGUUUUUAAAAAUUGCACUGAACUCUGUACAUGUCAAUGCUGCUUUUUGUAGCUCUUCUGACAAAUGUUCCAUAAUGAUAGUAUACUGCAAUAACAUUUUUAUAGCUUGCUCUCUGGGUGGUACUUGUUCAGGUUGUUUGAGUUAUCUAUACAUUUUGAUGUAGUUGGAAAGAAAGCUUGCAACAAAGGUUCAGAGCUCAUUGUGGCAAAGGCAUAAGAAGACUUCAAGCAUGUCUAUUCAAACUCAGCUUUGUUUUCUUGGAUACCAUGGAAAAGAAAAAAAUAGGAAUUAUUUUCUACUAGAGAAAAUAUGACAGGAUUUGGAAAAAAAUAAGGAGCAGUGAUAGGAACCUUUUUGUACCAUAAUGAAUUCCAGUGACUAUAGUGACAUAUCUUGGAACAUCUGUGAAGCCUGUGUGAUACUUUGGUCUUUACUGCAUCCUCUUGUCAGGAAACAGGCUGCUAUUUGGAGAGAAGUAGCCCAUUGGAUGGGUAAAAAAGGAAGUCCAAAUGACUUUCAAAUCAGAAGAAAAAGUGUAUCCCACAGAAAAAUCUCAAAAGUCUAAUUUUUUUUGGGGACCUAGGUCUUUGCAGCAACAAAGUUUCUAUAUAGAGGUGUGUGACUGUGUGUGUGUGUGUGUGUGUGCUUUUGUGUGCGUAUCUAUGCACGCACACUUGUGUUUAUGUUAAGGCUGUUGUUUAAACGUGUGCCUUUAUUGUAUAUGCUUUGGAAAGAUUCUGAGUGGUGUGUUUUUAUUUGGAUUCCUUCCAAAAAAGGAAGUGAAAGGUUACCUGAUUUUAUAGCUGUCCCUUUUAAUGGAGAGAAUGUCUGCCUUAAGAGAGACAUAAUAAUUUUAUUACAUUUAAUUCUUCUACUUAAUUUCUUCAUCUGGUGGCGGGGGGAAGGCAAGGAAAAAAGUGAGCUUUCUGUGAAGCCAUUUAUAACAUAACUAUCCAACUACUGCUAACGUCGAUCAUGGAAAAUGGCCUCCACUCCAAAAACUUCCAAUAUAACCCCUGUUAAUUGCUUAUCUGAAUAUUUCAGGCUCUGGGCUUCCUCUCCUUUGCUAGUUAAAAAAAAGCACUGGAAAAAGUUGUUCUGACCAAGGGACUCAGUAUCUACUGUAAUUGCUUAGAUAACUGAGGUAGCAAAAUAGUGUUACUGUAAUUACUGAGUGCUUCAUUUCGCUGAGAUUAAGACUUAAGAUCCAGCAUUCCAGUGGGGCACAAGAGGAGACUGGACUUCUGCAAGAACUGUUCUAACAAAGAACACACUCUUAUUUCAGCAUCAGAAGACUAUAUUAAAUUUUGUCACAUAAAAGCGUGUGUGUGUGUGCAGUGUGUGUGUGUAUGUACACACACAUAUAUCACAUACAUUUUAUAAAAAUGAGGGAAAUGAACUUUAUAAUAAACCAGUAGCGUCGGGAAAAGUGUAUAUUCUUGUUUCCAAAGAAGCAGAAUCAAGUUGCUAGUUCUCAUAUUGUCACACCUACUUUUUAAAUAGGUCUUAGCAGAAAGAAGUACUAUAAACCUGGCUCAGUACAUUACAUAUGGUUUAUCUAACCAUAUGUGAACUGCAUAUUGCAUGUGCAAUAACGUUCAUUCUGAUACUUUGAAGCAUGUGAAAUACAACUUAUAAAAAUAUUUGGGUAUAAAAUACCAUUCACACUGAUGUUCCAAUAUACUAUUCAAGCAUUACCUUUAAAAAAGCAUGGAGAAACUUGGAAAAAAGUUACAAUAGAAGGCUUUUGUUUACCAUCUCUUGCACUUUCAGUCUAGAGAAAACACUCAGGUCUACCCAAAGAAUUAGUAACUUAAGGCAAUGAAGAAGAUGACUCUCUUUCCCUGCAGAAAAAUUCAGAUACUCUAUUAAUUAGCUCAGGAGGAGAGAGUGGAAUUGGAGAGUGUGUGGAGAAGCUGCUACAAUUGUCAUUCAACUUCCAGCAUCUGUCAGGAAGGACAACUCCCUCUAUUAUCAUAUGUUACCUAUACGAUAUGUUACCUCCUCCUAAUCCACUUAACAAUUGUUUUUGGCAUGAGGACAUAUUUCUAGGCAGAAUACUGAGCUGUAGCCAGCCAUUUUUACUUUUCAAGAAAAGUUACGGCUUCCAUCUGGAUGUUAUUCUUGAAAUAAAAGUGCUUUUAAUUCUCUUUGAAGCAUAGUAGCCUCCUAUUUUUGAUGUUUUUUAAUGUUAAAAAGCAGGUGGAAUUUGACAAGCCCCAAGAAAAUACGUGUAUGUCCCCAGCUGCUAUUACCACAAUGAACUCAUAACUAUCCAGAAGGGAUUAUGAUUUUAUACUAAUUUGUAGAAAAUAUUCCUUGCAUAGAAUGUUUAUAGGCCUGUGUCAUCAAACAUAGAUCAAUGAAUAUCAACAAGCAGUCAACCUGAACCUAUUAAGAAAUUUCAGGCCCAUCACCAGCAUUAAGAAUAAAAUAACUAUAUCACUGACACCUGGGCUAAUGCUAAUGUAAAGGACAAAGAAGUGUGGGUUGUCAAGAUUAAAAACACUAGAGGAAUUUCAUUUUAAAUAAUACUUUUUAAAGGGAAUCCUCUAGUCAGUAUAUGGCUUUUUGAUAAGGCCUAUGCUGGUUUCUCCAUGCAUAGUGGAGUAACUGCACUAAGUUGAUAACAAGGCCAUGUUCAUGUAUGCAAAGCAGGAACAAUUCCCAUCCCAACAAAGUCAAUUGUAAAGUCAAUUUUACAAUUCUUUUUGUCCUGCAAACCUAAUUGAGCCAUAGUUUCAGAUGGGAGAGAAUCAUUUUGUAUGUUUAAAAGAACUGUUGUCAGUUAAUACAGCUUUUGAAAACUGAUGUUCAAAUUAAAAAGUCCUAUCUCAGAA